AUGGCUAGAAUAACCAUCCUUCCGACAGCUUUAAUGUUGGCGCGCCAACUUUCACGGACUGACGAGGACCUCGCCUCUGCACUUAUCCUGGCUGGCGAGGAUGAACCCGCCUGGACCGAUAUUGGGCGUCAGUUGCAACAGUCCGGAGCGAUUUCUUCAGGGAAAACUACAUGGCACACAGCGCCUGUUGGCCCCGAGCUUCCAGACACAACAACUUUAGGCAAGGAGCAGUCUGCACAACACGAAUUGCGCCAUACCGAUCCCGCAUCUAGCACCAUCGAAAGCAUUCCAAAUCCGCCAAUCCCUGGUGAACCAGCUCAAUCGAUUAACGCCCUUUUUGCGGAGGUCAAUGCUUUUGCGAAGAGUCAUGGCUUUGGUAUUAUUAAGGCCAAUGGCGUAGUACGACCUGGACAUCGAAGUCGAUACGUCUUCCAAUGUGAUCGAUAUGGAGCUCCACGGCCCGGAAGGGGUGCUGGCAUUCGGAAACGAAAAUCUCGGAAGUCUGGAUGUCAAUGGAAGAUUAUUGCCGAGACCUUGCCUGAGAACGGUUUCUAUUGGACUCUGCGGCAAUUCCCAAAUACGGAGCACCACGAACACAACCACGAGCCUAGCGCCGAUGCUGCCGCCCACCCAGUUCAUCGGCGACUAACUAGUCCUGUCAAGGCGAUUGUGCAAUCCUCCAGUCGACGGAUUGGGAUUCGUGCACGAGACAUUGGGGGCAUUGUCCGAGAUCACUUCCCAGACUCAGUUUACACUCCGACAGAUAUCUACAAUGCCAGAGCUCGGAUCAGCAGAGAGAAUCUGGGUGGCUAUGGCUCUACGGCUGCACUGAUCAAGCUCUUUGACGAUAAGGAGAUCCCUUACAUUGCCGAGUGGGCAGAUGAUGAACCCGACCGCCUGAUAGGGUUGGUUUGGACCUUUCCUUACUGUAUCCGCAUGUGGAGGCGUUUUUCCGAAGUAGUCAGUUUCGACAACACGUACAACACGAACCGUUUUAAGUUGCCGCUUUUCCAAGUUACGGGACAAACAUGCUUGGGCACUGUCUUUAACGCCGCAUUUGGGUUGAUCGACAAUGAGAGGCUUGAAGACAUACGAGCGCCGGACGUUAUUGUUACCGACUUUGACAAGCAAAUGAAACAGGCACUCGGGGUUGAGUUCCCAGAAGCCCAACAGCAGAUAUGCAUCCACCAUAUCAACUCCAAUGUAAUGCUGCAGUCAAAACGGAGAUGGGUAUAUACCACGAGGGACAGUAGUACUGGGGAAGAGAGCAGUUCAGAUGAGCCUGAUGCAAGCCUCAACCAGCACGAUAGGCAGGCUGUACGGGCCUCUGAAAGACCAGAGGAGCUAGUCGCCCAACACAAUUUGCCUGAACCCAUAACCCAUGAUUACCACGGUGUCCUUAUUCUGUGGAGGCAGGUGGUGUUUGCCGAGACUGUAGAAGAUCAUGAGAAGGCGUGGAAACGCCUAUGUUCGGAAUUUGGUGACCAACGAGCGAUCCUCGGGUACUUGUAUAGUACGUAUCUGCCGGUGAAGGAGCAGUGGGCCCGCUGCUUCAUCAGGACGUACCGUAACUUCGGCAUUCGAGUGACCUCUGGCACGGAAGCCAGCAAUAACAAUGUCAAAAGCUAUCUGCUGAAUGGAAUGGGCCAUUUGUAUCGGCUUGUCGAGGCGAUUCAGGGUAUGCUAGAAGACCAGGAAAGGGAGUUUCGCCAAGCUUGCGCCCAGGACGAGGUGUUAACGGCGCGAGAGCACGUGGGGCGCGGCUCGGAGUAUCUAGGCGAGCUGCCUCAGACGGUAUCUCAAAAGGCCCUUUCGUACAUUACUCGGGAGCGCCGCAAGCCGUUGAAAGGCAUCCCAAACCCGAAAAAUCCGUGGCCAAAUGCUAUAGGGCCGUGUGGCGGUAGUUGCACUGUGUCCAUCGAGCUAGGCGUCCCCUGCUAUCAUGCCAUUUACCGGAAGCUCAUCAACGCAACGCGCUUAACCAAGUGGGAUGUCCAUCCUCGAUGGCAUCUACAAGAGCCGCAGAGCGAUGACGUGUAUCGUCGAAUCUUGGACCCGAAGGUCGCUACCAGCCUUCGGGGGCGACCUAGAAACAAACCCUAG